GACCAUGGCGUAGACGUGGGACGUGUCAGUCCCAGCACUAGUAGUAAUGAUAGCAGAAAAUCCAGAUAUAGUACCGCAUCUUUGGACAGCGGACGCGGAAGCGAUACUAAAACUUCAGGGCAAUCGCAUCGCGUUUCUGUCCACAGCUGCGAGUCUUUGGGCUCUCAAUCGAGCCAUAAAGAGAACUACAAUCGGAACUCGUCUUCGUCUUCGAGUAUUGGGAGCGGCAAUAGUGUGACAAUCGAAGCGGACAUCACAACCAUAAGUGCAGCUAAUGUUUACGAUCACAACCGGACUUCAGUAAGUGCUGCGAGUGGUGGCGCCUCUAUUACUGGAUCCCUCAGUAUUCCCGAAAUGGUUUUGCAUGGAAUUGCC